UACGGGAGUACGUGAACACAGCACAACUACAGAGUGAAUAAGUAAAAGCUGUUGAGUCGAGAACAACAACAGUAGCAGCAAUAAUGACAGAGAAGUCCUGUUUAAUAUGGUAGCAUUUGUAAAACUUGUGGAUCAUGUGAAAAUAUUAUGUUGAACAGUGCUGUUGUUGUUAGUAUGACGCAUAUAACAAAACCAAAGUUUUGGAAAAGGCUCAAAUAUCAAAGCACGUCAACUUGUCUGUCGUGGCACCCAGAGGAGUUUCUGUCUCUAAACAAAGAAGCAGAGAAAGGCCGAAAACAUCAGGCUUUCUCACAAAAUGGACUCAGAUGUCAGCCCUGCUGAUCGAACAGCCUCUACACCGGCAGAUGCCCAGUUUUCUGACCCUGUUCUUGUUGAUGGAGUCUCUGAGGUUGAGGUCAGCAGAUGUAAUGUGGCAGCUUCGCCAGGAUCAGAUGUGAAGGAUAUGGACUCCUACAACAUGUUCGAGCCUCCGCCAUUAGACUGGAGGUCUGACUCAUCCAGUGCGGCAGGCUCAGCAGAUGAGCUGGAUCACCUUGGCUUCUUUCCCUCUGCCGACAGCCUGGACAAAGUGAGUCCAGAUGAGCCAGAAUUGCCACCUUUGGACAGGAGUGACACAGUGACUCAACUUCACAUAGACCAGCAGGAGCUGUUGCAAAAUAAUGCCAAGCCAGUCCAGGGGGCUGAAGUCGAGGUAGAAGAAGGGGAUGCAGCAGUUGAUAUGGAGGAGAGGUUUGAAGACUUAGAGGCAGGCCAGAAAAAGGUAGCAUUUAGGGAAGUCGAGAAUAUUGUCACUGAAGAGGAGGUUGCUCACAGAAGAUCAGGGGAUGAAGACCACAGCUGCAUCCACACCCUGCUCAGCCAGCUUCAGCUGAUGGGAGAAGAGUCUUAUCCCAGUCAUCAGACACCACCUCAUCAUCAGUACUCCGGCCUGUCUGAAGCAUGUGCCUCCUCCCUAACCACAGACAACAGCACUGAAACUACAGGACUACUUUUUGCUGAAAGGCAUCAGGGAGACCUGCUGGGACUGCUCCAGUGCACAGAGAUUGGUACUACACUGCAUCCCACCUGUCUGCCACACAGAGGGGAGGUGGAUGCGGUAGUGUCAACUUCCUACAGUCAAGAGGAUGCUCAGAGGUUCUGGGGGCAUCAUGGGAAUGGUCAGCAUUGGCGGCACAGGGAUUUGUCCCUCACUUCCCUGCCCGAUGAUGAGUAUCCAGAGCCAGUGUGGAUGAAGCUGGGUGAGGAGCCUCCAGAGGAGGAAGCUGGUGCAGAGAGCAAGCAGAACACUGAUGACCAUCCUUCAUAUAAAGAUGUGCCUGGUCCGUGUGACCCCGAAGACCUGCUGGAUGGAGUAAUAUUUGGUGCAAAGUACCUGGGCUCCACUCAGAUCAAAUCAGAGAGGAAUCCACCUACGAACAUUCGCAUGGCCCAGGCUCAGGAGGCUGUGGACAGAAUAAAGGCUCCAGAGGGAGAGUCGCAGCCGAUGACUGAGGUGGAUCUGUUCAUCUCCACACAGCGAAUCAAAGUGCUGACUGCUGACACACAGGAAGCCAUGAUGGAUCACGCUCUGCAGAUGAUCUCCUACAUUGCUGACAUCGACAACAUUGUGGUCCUGAUGGCACGAAGGAAACUCAGAAGGCAGGAUGGUGACUCCUCUGCUAACUCUUCAUCUUCCACAAAGAAGAAGUGCUUGAUGAUCUGCCACGUCUUCUCCUCUGAAGAUGCUCAGAUCAUAGCUCAGGCUAUUGGUCAGGCAUUCGGUGUGGCCUACCAGCAGUUUCUUCAGACCAAUGGCAUCAAAGCCAGCAAUCUUGGGCCAGGCGAGUACAGUGACUACCUGGAAAAUCAGGAGCUCUACAAUGGAGACCUGGCCCACUUCUCUGACUCUCAGAACCUCAGAGAUGUAGUCAUUACCAAGGCUCCUGGAGAGAUCUUGGGGCUGGCGGUGGUGGAGUCAGGCUGGGGCUCCAUCCUGCCUACUGUGGUAGUGGCCAACCUCCUUCACGGAGGCCCUGCUGAGCGCUGCGGAGAACUAAGCAUCGGUGACCGCAUCAUGUCCGUCAACAGCACCAGCCUGGUGGGUCUGCCGAUCGCCACCUGCCAGAGCAUUAUCCGGGAUCUGAAAAGCCAAAAGUAUGUGAAGCUCAGUAUUGUUCACUGCCCUCCAGUCACCAUGGCGAUUAUCAGGCGGCCAGAUCCCAAGUUUCAGCUGGGCUUCAGCGUGGAGGACGGCAUUAUCUGCAGUCUGAUGCGGGGCGGUAUAGCAGAGAGGGGGGGCAUCCGUGUCGGGCACCGCAUCAUUGAAAUCAACGGACAGAGUGUGGUCGCCACUCCGCAUGACAAGAUUAUUCAGAUCCUGACAAAUGCUGUUGGAGAGAUCCACGUGAAGACGAUGCCAGCCUCAACAUAUCGACUGUUAACAGGGCAAGAACAGCCAGUGUUUCUUUGAGCACUUCCUGCUACAUCAAGGACAAAUACUGCACAGUGCUCUGCUACAUAAACUGUUGCCAAACUCAGAAAAUAUUAUGCAAUUAUCAUACAGCAUAUCAUAAACUGUUGUCAUACCACUGAAUACAACAAAGUAAUUUAGUUAUAUAUUUUUAAGAUGUAAAGAGCUUUUGAAUGUUGUGAAAGGAUAUUUUACAAUGACAGGGAAAUACCUUAACUCAAUUUAUAUUUAUAAGAUAUUUAACAGUACAGGCAAUAGCUGAGAUGCAAUAAUGUUUAAGCACAUUUUUUUUUUACUUCACUAACUGGAUCAAGUAUACUAUACUCAUAUGAGUGUGCACAAAGGCACUGUGCAUUUCAUUUUGAUGUGCUUCCAGCCCCUCAUGUACAUGUGCACAUCACCCAGUCUCUGUCACAGGUUUCAGAGAAGGCUAUUUAGUGCAGAGCUCUGGUUCAUUCAGUUAGUGCUUCCUUGACUGUACCUGACGGAAAACAGAUAUCAUGAACAAAUGGGAAUUACUGCCUUAAUAGAAAGAGAGAUGCUUAUAUUUUUGAGACUUUGCUGUUUUGGAAAUUCAUUAAAAUAAUCUUUAAGAUC